AUGAAAAUCUAAUUGUUCAAGAAAAACUUGGCAAGAAAAUAAGUCUAGAGAAGUCUAUCCUGGUCGAAAGCAUCUAACAUAGAUAUCAGAGAUGUUGCUUUAUCUACUACAAUAACCUUUCAAAAGAAAUUAAAGCUAGUCUACCUGAUCCAGAAUCUGAUGAGCUUUGAGUAGACCAUUGGCUUGAAAUGUAUUUCGGAAAACCUGAAAAUAUGAAGCUUGCGAAAAAAUUUAGUUUCUAAAGUCCUUUGAUACAAAUGGAAUGAAUUUGCAUACAUACAAGAUGAGAACUUAAGGAUAUUCAGAAUUUCAGAGAUUUCUCAUUCCCCAAUAAAACUAAUGUGCUAACUACUUAUUAAUCGGUUGAAAUGAAGCUGAAUAGAGCUACUUACUUUAACUCGUUGGUAAGGAUCGGCUCAAAAGUAAUCCAAAAAGUGAUGUUCAGGUAUUUCUGUCUUAGUUUUCGCCAACUGAAGAGGUUUGUGGCAGCUUAUAAUGUAUAUUUUAAGUUGAAAUUAUGUUAGAAAUGGAGUAUGGAGGAGAAGACUUAUAAAGGAUACAUAUAGCUGAUAUUUGUCCGCUUUAGUCCAUAUAUUAUCUCCAUGUGCUCCUGAUUUAGCUUAAUGUCACUUAGAAGAUGAUUAGGUUAUAGAUCUUAUAUUUUCACUUCAAUAGAGCUCAUCAUAACAGGUCAGACAAAAUUCUUCAAAAUGUUUGUAAUAUUUUCAGAAAAAUGAUGGUAAUCUCCUAUUUCAGCAAAGGAUGUCCAAAAACUUAGAAAUAUAUUGAUCCUAAAUUGCAAUCUCCAUAAGGAUACAUAUUUUUGAAAGUAAAGUUAAAAUUGUAGAAUAUCCUUAAAGCCAUUCUUUUGCUUAGGAUUUUUUUAAUUUGAUUUUCUCUUAAAACUAAAAAUAUAAUGACAUAUUUUGUUGAAAAUUGAAUAUUCUAAUUCUCUUUGAUAUACUCAUAACAAACAAUGCAAUGUGAUUCCCAAUCAGUUCUCAUGCUUUAUUAACUUUAAUUGACACAUUUCUUAUCCAAAGCCCGGACCCUUAGUUUUAAUAAUUCAACGUUAAGUGCGAAUUGUACAGACAUGUAGAGCAUUUGGGUAUUCGGAGCUGCAAGUUGCCCAUUCCAACAGUUACUUAUCUCUCAAGGGCUCUUCAAAAUUGCCAAUUUCAGAAAAUAGAUUUAUGGAAAACAGGAAACAAUUCUCACAGCAAUUGGAGUGACCAUCCAGAUGAGUUCAAGAACUUGAUACAAGGCUUUGCAACUUCUUCAGAUUUCAGGAAGAGUCUCAGGAAAAUAGACAUUUGGUGUUGUGGGGCAAAGCAAAGUGAUGCAGAGAGAAUCUUUGCAGAAAAUCAAUUCUAAGAAGUUGAAAUGAUGUUUGGAUCUUAAAUUCCUCAAAAAUGGUUGCUUAUUAUUUUAUUUGGCCCAGUACAGUAAAACAUAAUAGAACUUUAAUAUAA